CUGAAAUGAACAGUGAGUGGUGUAGUGUGUGUAUGCCUCUGGAUCUAAUAUCACCUACCUGUCCUUGUCACUCUGAUAGUCAGGCGAGGUAGCCGCUGUUUUUCACCGAUGCUAUGGCAAAACUCAAUGGCCUAUUUUAAAGCGUUUUCCAAUUUAAACACAAAGAAGGCUUUAUCUCAACCGCAAGAGGAACCGCGAGGUUGUGCGUUUUUUGGAGAGCUGAGCACAUUCCGCAGUCGGACUUUCCGCCUACCCUUCCUGUACUAAAGGUUGUGCGAUCUUUUACCGAUGAACUCUAUGAGGGAUCCAUUAAACAUAGACCAUCAUCACCUAACAGGGAAUAAACUUGCCUCCACACACCACACGGCUCUGGCGAUGGCCUCUAGUUUGCAGCCACUGCAGCGGUCUGUGGACUCUAAACACCGGUUAGAAGUGCACACUGUGUCGGACACAUCAAGUCCCGAGUCUGUCGAAAAGGAGAAGAUACAAAAUAAAAAUGAAGACUCCUCAGAUGACCCUUCCAAAAAGAAGCGACAGCGGCGGCAGAGGACUCACUUCACCAGCCAGCAGCUGCAGGAACUGGAGGCCACUUUCCAGCGGAAUCGCUAUCCGGACAUGAGCACAAGGGAGGAGAUAGCCGUGUGGACCAACCUUACAGAGGCCCGAGUCAGGGUGUGGUUCAAGAAUCGGCGAGCCAAGUGGAGGAAGCGGGAAAGAAACCAGCAAGCAGAGCUUUGCAAAAACGGCUUCGGCCCGCAGUUCAAUGGACUCAUGCAGCCCUACGAUGACAUGUACCCUAGCUACACAUACAACAACUGGGCUGCCAAGGGCCUCACAUCUGCCUCUUUAUCCACAAAAAGCUUCCCCUUCUUCAACUCCAUGAAUGUCAACCCCUUAUCCUCGCAAACCAUGUUCUCACCGCCCAACUCCAUAUCCUCUAUGACUUCCAGCAUGGUGCCAUCGGCGGUCACCGGCGUACCGGGCUCCAGUCUCAACAGCCUCAAUAACUUGAAUAACCUCAGUAACCCGUCUCUCAAUUCGGGGGUGCCCACGCCGGCGUGUCCCUACGCCCCUCCGACCCCUCCUUAUGUGUACAGGGACACUUGUAACUCCAGCCUGGCCAGCCUGAGACUGAAAGCCAAGCAGCACUCGAGUUUUGGAUACGCCAGUGUGCAGAAUCCGGCCACUAAUCUGAGUGCUUGCCAAUAUGCCGUGGACAGGCCAGUCUAAUACCUACCUGCACUGCAAAAAAUAAUCAUCUUAGCAAGAUAUAAGAGGCUAGUAGGGACACUUAAAGUUACAUUUUUCUCUAAAGACAGUGGGCAUCUCUGGUGGUGCGAUUGUUUUAGACUUUUGUUGCGUGUUUCAAGAUUUUGUUUUUUAAUUUUUUGGCGAUUUUUGCCAGUUGGAAUGUUAUUUGCAGUAUUCCGACCCUUUUCCUUAAUACACUGCCACUUGCUCCGGUAAAAAUCUAAAAUCUAAUAGGAAACAUGUGGGAUUAUCCCAUCGCAUCACAUUCAUUUUCUUUCUUUUGAAGGGGCAGAUGUGAUUUGAGGGUGAUUACAAUCCCAGAUAGCUUGCUAUGGUGGUCAUUUUUUGCAGUGUGUGGGUAAUCACAAACAGCCGGCCACAGGAACAAGAGACUACUACAAGUACUUUUUCAUUUUUCAAAAAGGGCACUAGAAGACUGAACCACUGAAACAAGCUCAACUACAGGUCGGAGUCAAACUGAAAUGGGACUUCUUAGGUUUGUUCCCCUUUUGAUGAGUUCAGGCCUGCUUCACACUGCGCCUCAGCGGAAAAGAAAAAAGAAAUAAACGGAGAAAAAAAAGAAAAGAAAAAAAAGGCCUGUUUUAUUUUUCAUAACUCCUCAUAAGGGUUUUCUGGUGGAUUUUUGGACGGUACCUGUUGACUGAAAAGGUUGUAUAUAUAUUUGAAUUAUCAUCUCCUGUUUGUCGAGGCGAAUGCGCUAUAACCCCACGUCCUCUCCAGGUUCAAUUUAUCAACGCAUGUGGAAAAAAAUCUCUAAAAAGGAAUCAUGUUUUGCUUGCAAACAAAAGGGAAUGUACAUACUAAAACGCACCAGUUGUGUGUUUCUAACAUAUUAUAAAUUUAUUAUUAAUGUCUGUGUGAAUAUCGAUUUAGAAUAGCAAUUCUGGAUUUAAAAAAAAAAAAAAGUUCAAAUCAAAAAUGUUCCUGCGACAAAAUUAUUUGGUUUUUUGCUCUGUGUAUACUAUUUGGUACGGAACUAUGUUUUUUUUCCAACAUUCAAAAAACUAUUGUGUUUUAUUUAAUGGAAGUAAAUAUAUUGUUCAAAAACA